CGACGUCGACGACCAGUAAAGGGACAGAUUUGCACACCGCUAUGCCACGCAGGUGACAUCGACAUGGCACCAGAACUGAGUUCAAAUUGGAAGAGGCUGCAGGCCAAGCUCCAAGCCUCGAAACCCGCAACAUCCUCCAAACCUAAGGAUUCCACCGAAGAUCAGGCCUCACUAAAGCGAAAGCGAUCCUUCAAGACCAGCGACAAGUCUACGAAUGCGCCGCGACACUCUUUAAACGGGACUGGGAAAUCUGCACCACACAAGUCUCCUGCGUCGAGGAAACGGCAAAAGAUGGAGGAGCCUGCGUCUGUCGGCGCAUCAAUCAAGCAGCACAAUGUCAAGACGCUAUCCCGCAGUGUGUCGACACCCCAGCUUAAGCGCACACCACUCCUCACGACCGAGGAGGAUGCUGCUGUUGCCGAUGACAUUCUCACACCUCACCCCGACUUCCCCGACAUCGAAAACGAAGGCGUCUCCGAAAAGGCGCUGCCUGGCAAAUAUGUUGCUCUUGAUUGUGAGAUGGUUGGCGUAGGCCCGGAGCCCAAUCGCGACUCGGCAUUGGCCAGAGUGUCACUGGUCAACUACCACGGCCAUCAAGUCUACGAUUCUUACGUUCAGAUGCUUCCCAAGGUCGAGGUCACCGACUACCGCACAGCCGUCUCCGGCAUCGAGCCCAAACACCUGCACAAAGAUGUUGCGCGCACAUUUGACGAGGUACGCAGCGAUUUGAAGAUCCUGCUUGGAGGACGUAUACUCGUCGGACAUGCCGUGAAGAACGAUUUGGACGUCCUGAUCCUGAAGCACGACAAACGCCUGAUCCGCGAUACCUCCAAGUUUUCGAAAUUUCGCCAAUUGGCAACAAAAGCAGGGUGGACACCGGGACUGAAGAUGCUCACGCAGAAGCUUUUGGGGGUGGAGAUCCAGACUGGCGCGCAUAGCUCAGUCGAGGAUGCGAGAGCUACCAUGGCCCUGUUUCGUCUUGAGAAGGAAGAGUUCGAGAAUGAGAUUCGCCAGAAAUACGGCAACGUCAGAUUGCCGACAGCUGCGGCGGAGCCUGAGGCUGAUGGAGAGGGCGAGGAGAAAAAGAAAAGAAAUAGGAAGAAGAGUAAGAAGAAGAACAAGCACUAGCUGGUCGGACGACUGGCGUGUCGGUGUUGGCGUAGUCGGUGAUUUGUACAGAAGGUACCCAAGGUUUGUGGGACCCAGCCAUGCAUUCAGCGGUGUUUGUGGCGAUUGACAUAUUGGACAUUUAUUUUGCAAUGUCGGCGUGGGUAUUCAAACGAGAGGCAUCUAUGUUUUGGGUUGGUCGUAUUAUGUAGCAACUGCUGGUAGCCAUCAUCUAUACCAUGUAUUCGGAGUCAAACUCCAUGACCAAUACCUUAUACUGUAACAAUGCAACCUGGCGCUGUUGUGGAGUCCUCGGAUGCUGUACAUAGACUCGUACGAAUCCAUGA